AUGGCAAAACCGAAGGCCCUACUACUGGGUAAACUUGAGCAUGCUCACGACGCAUGGAAUGCUCUUUCGGAGGUUGCAGAGCUCACCACUACUCAAGUUACACAUCGAGGGGCGUUCAUCGAGGAGCUGAGAAGUGGCAGGCAUAAUGGUGUCGUAGCGAUAUGUGAUCGAGCACCUCCCAGCAUUGUCCAGACAGGUAAAUGGGACAAGGAACUGCUUGACGAACUUCCCGGCAGUGUGAAGUACAUAGCUCACAUGGGCGCCGGCUACGACAGCCUUGAUAUACCUGCCUGUACUGCGAGAGGCAUCAUGGUGUCCAAUUGUCCGAAUGUUGUCGACGAAGCCACUGCUGACUGUGCCAUGUUUCUCAUCCUAGCCGCACUCCGCGGUUUCAACAAUGGCAUUAUGGCCAUCCGCAAUGGUACCUGGAGAGGCGCUGUUCCUCCACCACCCCUUGGUCACGAUCCUCAGGGGAAGGUUCUCGGUAUUCUGGGCCUUGGUGGUAUUGGACUGAAUCUGAAGAAGAAGGCUGAGGUCUUUGGUAUGAAGGUCAUUUACCACAACCGAAACAGGCUGAGUGAUGACAUGGCCCACGGAGCUGAAUAUGUCACGUUCGAUGAUUUACUGGCAAAGAGUGAUGUUCUAAGCUUGAAUCUCCCACUCAACCCAAAGACGCGCAAUAUUAUAUCUGGCAAAGAGUUUGCAAAGACGAAAGAGGGCAUCAUUAUUGUCAACACUGCCCGAGGAGGGGUUAUGGAUGAAGACGCUUUGGUAGAUGCUUUGAAUUCAGGGCGAGUGCGCUCCGUCGGACUGGACGUAUAUCAGCAGGAGCCGGAUAUCCACCCUGGGUUGCUGUCCAAUCCCCAUGUCUGUCUACUCCCACAUAUGGGCACAUCAACCGUCGAGACAAAGACAAAGAUGGAAGAGUGGACCAUCGCCAAUGUACGAUCGGCAAUCGAAACUGGUAGGCUGAAGAGCACGGUAUCUGAGCAGAUGCAUCUGCUUGUGAACGGGUUACCAGAUAGUGGGACUCGACUUUGA